AAAUGGUUAGCCCCAGAGAUAUUGAAACUACUCGAAGACAAGGGAGAUAAAAUAACGCAAAGGGGAACAAUCCAAAGCGAUGUGUUUGCAGAAGGCCUUGUCUUUGGAUAUUAUCUUUCCAAUGGCCUUCAUCCGUUCGGUUCUCGUGAUAAAAUUCUCUCUAACAUCCUUAAAAACAAACUAAUGAAUCUGGAUAAAUGUCAACCAUGUGCGUAUGACAUAAUCAAGAAAAUGUUAAAAGAAAAGCCGGAAGAUCGAAUCAAUUCGUCAGAUGUCGCUGAACUACUUUACGAAAAGCUUGUGACACAAAAACAGUUUAUGGACUUAUGUUCGAGUGAUACUUAUCCUAGUUUAAAGGAUAUCAAAUACUUUCUGGAAAAACGGGUGGAUGUCAACUUUGUCAAUUGUCAUCGAGGAUGGACUCCACUUCUAUUGUUGGCAAAAGCAAAAAAGGAUGUUAGCGAUAACAAUUUGGUUGAAAUAGUGCGGCACUUCAUAAAGAAUGGCGCCAACCUUAGCCACACUUUGGCUGACAUGAGAUCAAAUGCCUUGCAUUUAUUUUGUCGAAAUUAUAAGAAAGACAAUUUAAUAGACAUAAUUCGACUUCUGAUCGAACACGGAAUGGAAAUCAAUUGCCUGGAGAGCUACGGAGAUAAUGCUCUAACUUUAUUAUUUAAUCAUUAUAAAGAAGACAAUUUAAUUGCAAUCGUCACAUUUUUAAUUCAAAACGGAAUCGACGUCAAUUGCAAGCCCAGAAACGGAUGGAAUUCUUUAACUUCAUUGUGUCGAGAUUAUGAAAAAGAAAAUUUGAUUGAAAUAAUUCGACUUUUAAUUCAACACGGAAUUGACAUCAAUUGCAUAAACAACUACGGAUGGAAUGCUCUCAUUUCAUUGUGUCAAAACAAAAAUUUCGUCGAUUGCAAGAAUCACAACAAACUGAAAAAUUCAAUUGAAAUCCUUCGACUUUUGAUUGACCACGGAAUCAGUGUAACUUGCACGGAUGACAGCGGAGAUAAUGUUCUCAUUUUUUUGUGUGACAAUGAGGAAUCAGAGAAUUUCAUUGAAAUAAUUGAAAUUUUGAUUCAACAUGGAAUUGACAUCAAUUGUAAGGAUAGCUUUGGACGGAAUGCUCUCAUGUUGUUGUUGUGUCAACGUAAACAAAAGCAGAAUUUAAUUGAAAUUAUUCAGUAUUUGAUUCACCAUGGAAUCGACGUUAAUUGCAAAGACUCAAGCGGGUGGAAUGCACUUCACUGUUUGUCUUCUUUUUAUCAACAUGAAAAUGUAAUUGAAAUUAUUCGAUAUUUGAUUCAGCAAGGAAUCGAUGUCAAUUGUAAAACCAACAACGGAUCAAAUGUCCUUCACUGUUUGACCCGUAAUUAUCGUAAUGAAAAUUUAACUGAAAUCAUUAUAUUUUUGAUCGAAAGCGGAAUUGAAGUUGAUUGCAAGGAUAAUAACGAAGAAAACGCACUUACUUUAUUGUGCCGAAAUUAUCAAAACGAAAAUUUAAUUGAUAUAAUUCCACUUUUGAUUCAACACGGAAUCGACGUCAAUUGCAAAGACUUCCUCGGGUGGAAUGCACUUCACUGUUUGUCUCGCUAUUAUCAAAAUGAAAAUUUAAUUGAAAUUUUUCGGCUUUUGAUUGAACACAGAAUUGAAAUCAACUGCGAAACGGACGAAAACGGAUUGAAUGCUCUGAUUUUGUUAUUUUUGGCAAGAUAUCAAAAAGAAAAUCUAAUUGAAAUAAUUCGACUUUUAAUUCAACACGGAAUCGAAGUCAAUUGCGAGGAAAACAAAAGGGGUGAUGUCCUUCACCUUUUGUAUGGUUAUUAUCAAAAUGAAAAUUUAAUUGAAAUUACUCGAAUUUUGAUUGAACACGGAUUCGAUGUCAAUUACAAGAACUAUAAUGGACACAAUGCUCUUAACUAUUUGUUUCGAUAUUAUAAAGAAGAAAAUAUCAUUGAAAUAACCCAACUAUUAAUUCAAUAUGGAAUAGAAGUGAAUUGCAAAGACCAUUACAAGAAUAAUGCUUUACAUUAUUUAUGCACAUUUUAUCAAGAAGACAAUUUAAUUGACUUAAUACAGCUUUUGAUUCGACACGGAAUCGAUGUCAACUGCAUUGGUAGCCUUGGAAGAAGAGCCCUUGAUAUUUUGUGUCAAUUCUACACCAAAGACAAUUUAGUUGAUAUUGUUCAAAUUUUUCUUCAGCAUGAAAUGGAAGUCGAUGAUAAAGAAGACUGGGAAAGAAAUAAUAAAUUGUAUGGCUUGUGGUCUUAUUGGCCUAUAGAGAAAGAUUACAACGACUUUAAAAAAUGCAUGCAUUCCUUGUGCCAAAGUGAUCAAAAGGAAAAUUUAAAUGAAAUCAUUCGACUUCUAAUUGAAAAUUGUUGCGUUGUGACGUCAUAUACGUUAACUUCCAUCGCAUAUGAAAUGAGAAAAGAAAGACGACAUCAAAUUGUGCAAUACAUCGCAGGGUGUUGCGGUAAGGUACGCAUCGAAAAAGAAUGGACCCAAUAUAUUUUACAAUGUCCGUUUUAGCAUAAUAGUAUAUUAUAACUAAAUCCCGCCCAAAUCCUCUGUAUCACUUCAAUGCAUGUUAGAUAGCCUUACCCACUUUAUGAACCGUAAAUAUAGGCCUAAUAGAGGAGCUGAUUUCUCUUGUUUUAAUUUUUUCAAAUUUGUUGUUAUGCAAAGUGAAUAAUAAAACUGAAACCAAAAUGUAUCUGCUGUAAAACCAAAACCAAAUUGAUCUACUGCAGAUUCCCUCGAUGUUCUGCUCUGAUUGGAGGAAAUUGAUCUGACCCUUUCUACAGAUCAUGACCCACCUCUUAACGAAA